AUGAUCCUUCACGGGUUUCGCAAAAACGGCUUGAUGUUCAUGUUGCUGGGAUGCUGCAUGUUGAUGACAUUUUACAGUUUAAAGCGAUACUUCAAUGCUGAUAACCGGGAAAUAAACGGGAAUACUUUUGUUUUCGGAAGAGAAGUAUCCUCCAGUCAGACCCAGUACAAGCAGAGUGUCAAUCAUAUAGCAUUUAUAAAAUUACCUAAGGCCGGCAGUACCACUGUUCAGAAUAUAUUUCUUCGGUAUGGCGACGAAAAGAAUCUCACGUUUGCUCUGCCGAGUAUUCGUAAAGCAGGUGGUUCUUCGUUGACGUCACGUUUCUUCUUUCCGCCACCCGAAAAUGGAGUUUAUGAUAUAACGUGUACACAUAUUAGGUACAACAGAAGAGAAUUUAGCCGUCUUUUACCCAAAGAUACUAAAUACAUAGGAACUGUAAGAGAGCCAUUUAGCCAUUUCAGUUCCAAAAUUAGAUUCCUUCGUCCAAAAAGCGUGCUAGGUAUACCGGGAGAAAAUCCGGUCUUAGAAUAUUUGAAAAAAGAAGCAAAACACCGGAAUUCAUCGGGCCGUUAUGAUUAUCUGUGCAAUGGAAUGUCUUUCUAUUACGGGUUUUCAGGAAAUCUAUUUUUGAAGAAGAAUGACGCCGAUAUAGAGAAGAAUUUACGCCGACUCGGAAAUGAAAUGGACAUGAUUUUGGUUUUGGAAUAUCUUGAUGAAUCCGUUGUGUUGAUGCGAAGAAUGUUAAACUGGGAUCUCAGACAUGUCUUAUAUACUAAACUUCGUGUUAACAAAGAAGAAGAUCCUAGAUUGAAGUUUGGAUCAGAAGAGGCAAAACUUCAUAAAAGCUGUGCAUAUUUAGAUGAUCUUUUGUAUGAAUUCUUUGUUCACAAAUUGAAGGAACUGAUAAAAAGACAACAAUCUGAUUUUUAUGAUGAACUGGCUUACUUCAGGAAAGUUAGACUAAAGUAUGAUCAAUUUUGUUUGUCUUCAAUAUCAAAUGACCAACAAAACACCGAGAUGACAUUCGAAGGUAGUCCAUGGAACAAACCAUUUAUUGUUACAGGAGAACACUGUAAAAAACAAUACAUUCAUGAUGUUGUGUAUAUAGACAUACUGAAAAAGAAACAGCAUUUACAUCCACUACUUUGAAGAGGAAGUAAUUGUUUUGAAAGAAUGUCAACAGGGACUAAAUCUCUUGGAGUACCGCCUGAUUUGAGGGGAUCUAAUAAACAUAUUAAAACAUCCUAGAUUGCCUAAAAGCACAACUUGUUGAUUAAGAGGUCGUUAGUUCUUUUUUGAA